CCUGAGGGUGAUUGGUCCUGUCAGAGAGUCUCCUCCGGGAGAAGUCAAGCAAGAGUAGAGCUGUGUUCACUGAGCGCUACCUCAGGAAAAGACUGCAGGUCUAGGCAACCGUGCAACCAUGAUGCACAUAGGAAAACUGUCAGCAGGAAGCCUUUUCAAUAACCCCGUAGAGAAAAUUGGAAGUCUGCGAUAUGAAAAAUAAAACCUUGAUUGGGGUGAAGAAAUGGAACCAAUCCAUCACCAGGUCCAUGUUGAGAAGAGAAAGUUUCUAUUCUCUCAAAGGUCUCCUGUCUUGCUGAGGAUGACAACCGCCUUACAGUAGCUUGGGAACAUUGGCAUGUGAUCACUUUUAAGAUCAAUGAAGCAAAGAAUAUGUCCAGGAUGUGGGGGAAUAAACAGAGUGACCUACAUAAGCAUCUUUGUCCACAGCUGCCAUUAGACCACCACUUUGCUUCAGGUCUCCAUUACUGACGGUCUAAUUAUGGCAUACCCACUGAGACUUGGAAUCCUUCUGCUAGUAUCUGUUCUCUCUUCAGCCGCUACAGAAAUAAGGGACAAUGUAACCGGCUGUAGAGUAUCAGGGGAAACGGUUUGUCAGCCCGGCAUCCUGCUUCCAGUCUGGAGACCCAACAAUCCAUCAACAGGAGACAAGGUGGCUCGAGCUGUGGUUUACUUUGUGGCCAUGCUGUACCUUUUCUUGGGGGUGUCUAUAAUUGCAGACCGCUUCAUGGCAUCAAUUGAGGUAAUCACAUCACAAGAGAGGGAGAUUACGUUGACCAAACCAAAUGGGGAAACCAGCGUGGCGACUGUGCGCAUCUGGAAUGAGACCGUUUCCAAUCUCACAUUGAUGGCAUUAGGUUCCUCUGCUCCAGAGAUCCUCCUCUCUGUGAUCGAAGUGUGUGGUCACAACUUCCAGGCUGGAGAUCUGGGUCCAGGGACCAUUGUGGGUUCUGCUGCUUUUAACAUGUUUGUCAUUAUUGCCAUAUGUGUCUACGUCAUCCCCAAUGGCGAGUCACGGAAGAUAAAGCACCCAAGGGUCUUUUUUGUCACUGCUACUUGGAGCAUCUUCGCUUACAUAUGGCUUUAUCUCAUUCUUGCUGUUAUCUCCCCAGGCCGAGUACAGGUCUGGGAGGGAUUGGUCACGCUCUUAUUUUUCCCAGCCUGUGUGGUCUUUGCAUGGGUUGCAGACAAGCGACUCCUCUUCUACAAGUACGUUUACAAAAGGUACCGAGCAGAUAAACGUAGAGGCAUCAUCAUCGAAACCGAAGGCGAGUUUCCCAAAAGCAUAGAGAUGGAUGGGAAGUUGGGAGGAGCUGCGAUGGUGGCCACAGACAGUAAAGACCCUAGUGUGCAAGAAAGUGCUGCAGCAGCAGCCGCUGAAGCCAAGGAGCUUGACGAAAGCCGCAAAGAGGUCAUCAAGAUCCUAAAGGAACUCAAGCAGAAGUACCCAGAGCGAGAGUUGGAUCAACUGGUAGAACAGGCCAACUACUACGCCUUGCUGCACCAGCAGAAGAGUAGAGCCUUCUAUCGUAUCCAAGCCACACGUAUGAUGAUUGGGGCAGGCAAUGUGCUGAAAAAACACGCAGCGGACCACAGCAAAAAGCCGGCUAACCUGCAGGAAGUGACGUCUGACUCUGGUGAAGAGAAUACCAGCAAGAUCUUUUUCCAACCCUGUAACUACCAGUGCCUGGAAAAUUGUGGAUUUGUGACUCUCAAUGUUACUUGCCAAGGAGGAGAUGGUGGGAGCACCUUCUAUGUGGACUACAAGACAGAGGAUGGCUCGGCCAAUGCAGGCUCUGACUAUGAGUAUAGUGAAGGAACAUUGAUUUUCAAACCGGGGGAGACCCAAAAAGAAAUUAAAGUUGGCAUAAUCGACGAUGACAUCUUUGAAGAAGACGAGCAUUUCUUUGUGCGACUGAUGAACUUGAGUGUGGGAGAUGCUGAGGGAAUGUUUGAACCAGAUGGGGAAGGACGUCCCAAAGCACGCCUGAUCUCCCCACUCAUCGCCACAGUAACCAUACUGGAUGAUGAUCAUGCUGGGAUAUUUACUUUUGAGGAGAAACUAAUUCAUGUUAGUGAGAGUGUUGGGGUCCUGGAGAUACGAGUUUUGAGGAACUCUGGGGCAAGAGGAACCGUUGUCAUACCGUACCGGACAGUAGAAGGCACAGCAAGAGGAGGAGGCAUCGACUUUGAGGAUGCCUACGGAGAGCUGGAGUUCCAGAAUGACGAAACAGCCAAAACUCUGCAGGUCAAAAUUGUCGAUGAUGAGGAAUAUGAGAAACAAGAGAACUUUUAUGUGGUCCUCGAGGAGCCCAGAUGGCUGAAACGUGGGAUUUCAGCUCUGUUACUCAAUCAGGAUGAAGAAGACAAGAAACUGACUGGGGAGGAGGAAGAGGCGAGGAGAAUUGCAGAGAUGGGGAAACCAAUUCUGGGGGAGCACUCCAAGUUGGAGAUCAUUAUUGAAGAGUCCUAUGAAUUCAAGAGCACAGUGGACAAACUAAUUAAGAAGACCAACCUGGCACUGGUGAUUGGCACUCACUCCUGGAGAGAGCAGUUCAUGGAAGCUAUCACUGUCAGCGCAGGUGAUGAAGAAGAGGAGGAUGAUGGAAGAGAAGAAAGACUCCCUUCUUGUUUUGACUACGUCAUGCACUUCCUCACAGUCUUCUGGAAAGUCCUGUUCGCCUUUGUGCCCCCUACAGAAUACUGGAAUGGCUGGGCCUGUUUCUUUGUGUGCAUUAUCAUCGUGGGCUUUCUGACAGCAGUCAUAGGUGACCUGGCCUCACAUUUCGGCUGUACAGUCGGUCUGAAGGACUCGGUCACUGCUGUGGUGUUUGUGGCACUGGGCACAUCUAUCCCAGACACGUUUGCCAGCAAGGUGGCUGCAACGCAGGACCAAUACGCGGACGCAUGCAUCGGAAACGUGACAGGCAGCAACGCAGUGAAUGUCUUCUUGGGAAUUGGCGUGGCCUGGUCUGUGGCGGCAAUCUACUGGGCCAUCCAAGGAAAAGACUUUGUGGUGGAUACGGGCAAUUUGGCCUUCUCAGUUACCCUUUUCACCAUCUUUGCAUUCAUCAGUAUCGCUGUCCUCUUGUACCGCCGCAGGCCCCAUAUAGGAGGUGAGCUAGGAGGCACUCGUCUCGCCAAGACCCUCACGUCCAUGCUCUUCGUUGGUCUGUGGCUUCUCUACAUCUUGUUUUCUAGCCUGGAAGCCUACUGCCAUAUCAAGGGCUUCUGAGUGGGCACUGAGGAUGCAGCGAGGGUCUCUCAACUAGAACUCAAACAUUCCAUGGGUUGCCUCUCACAUAGGUUGUGAGAUGUUCCAUUAGGGCGGAGUUAAGGACAAAACAAAAUAGGGGGAUGACUUAUUUAUUUUUGUAAAUUUUUCCAUCUGGGUAUUAUCCCUCCACCAUGCCAUGUCUACUUGGGUCCAGUAGCACAAUUUUGCAAAAACAAAAAAAAAGUGGCACAGAAACAGCCCCGUAUGACAAGUUAGAUUGAUAUAAACAGGAAUGCUUGGAGAAACGCAUAAGGUCCACUGUUAUGCCUAAUCAGCACCUAGCUGUAACAAGUAACUGCUUAAGGUUGAAGUGAAGCCAUCAAGUUACAGCAAACUACUUCUUGUAUCCGUUCUCUUAGUUGUUGCUUGUUCAGUCAUAGCUGGAGUGAACCUGUCGCCUACACACAAUGGUGGCUGAUAUUUUUUAGCCUGAAUAUCCAUGAGACUGCAGCCUAUCCAUUCGCAAGGAACUAAUAACAGCACUAAAGAAAGAGGCAAGUUGUGGCUCAUGCCUCAUUGAUGUCACUUUUAUCUAGUUAAUGAAUGAGCUCACCCACAUAAUGCCUCAGUUGUCUAUAGGUGACAAGUAUAGAUAAUAACUCCCAUCUAAGACCUCUUGAGCAAGAGUAGCACUGUAGUCUGUAAUGCAACAGAUAGGGGUGCAAUGGAUAUUUGGCUAGGACAUUAUAGCAGUACGGGUGCAAAUUCAUCCGAUGUCAGCCUGCGAGUUCUUUUAUCAGACAGGAAUGUAGAAGAGAGUUUAUCUUAGAUAAUAUAAAAUGUUACUGAUAGGUAGUGGAUUCUACUAUAUGCUAACGCAUAUUUAUGUAUUUGCUAUGGAGAUAGGGCCAUAUCCUGUGUAACGUUAUAAUGACAGUGUUCAACAAGACAGCAGAUUGGGGAGAAACUGCUGUUCCAAUGCCCUCGCCCACUCUGCUCUGCUCUGUCACUUUAAUAGAGGUGACAGUACGAUCUGCGGCCCUCUACAAACAAUGAGGUGUUCCCCAAUCGCCCAAGUGUAAAGGAAUUUCCACCCCCUUUCCUACUUCUCUCAGAGAAAGGGGUCACCCUCAAUCCAAUUCAGCUAAAGCUUCAUUCACACAUUUGCUUUUUGUUGCGCGCAUAGUGUUUUCCAGUAAAUGUCUUUGACAGCGAUUUGUAAAAUACUAGCCAGUACCAAUUAAGUGUAUACUGACGGUCUGGAACAUUUUUUUUUUUUUUUAAUUCAGCCUACUUUAACGUUUUUGGAUGAAUAUUUUCCAGAACACCAGUGUACCAAAGCUGGAAAUGGCGUCACUGCUGUAUAGAACAACGGGGGUAAUUCAGACCUGAUCGCUGCUGUGCAUUUUCGCACGGCAGGCAAUCAGAGGCAAACUGUGCAUGCAUAUGCACUAUAAUGCGCAGGCGCGAUGGACAGCUGCAAAGCAGAUCGCCGGCCAGCGACGGGUGGUGCGAAGAAUCCACUUGCAUGGACGAUCGCAAGCAGAUUGACAGGAAGAGGGCGUUUGUGGGUGGCAACUGACCGUUUUCUGGGAGUGUUUGGAAAAACGCAGGCGUGUCCAAGCGUUUGCAGGGAGGGUGUCUGACGUCAAAUCCGGUCAUGAACAGCCGGAUGUGACCGCAGCGGCUGAGCAAGUCCUGGGCUGCACAGAUACUGCACAAACUCUGUUUGAGCAGCUCUGCUACACAUGCGAUCGCACACUUGCACGGCGAAAAUACACUCCCCCUGUAAGCGGUGACUAUCUGAUCGCAGGGCUGCAAAAAUCGCUGCCCAGCGAUCAGGUCUAAAUUACCCCCUAUGUCAGCUGAGAUGCAUUCCAAUCAGAUCCGCGGUAGAUGAAACAGCAGAGAACAGGCGCGCUAACCGCCUGAAAACCGCCACAAAAAUAGUCAAUGCGUUAUUAUUUAUUAUUAUUUGUUUAUAAAGCGUCACCAUAUUACUCAGUGCAGAUAAUAAUUAGUAACUCACAUCAUCAGUCCCUGUAGCACAGAGUGUUAGGGGGAAGAUUCAAUUUUCGUUAAAGUGCGGCUGCUCACACUACCGCUAAUCGCAGUAAGGAAUCUUCAUUAAUUUCCCUGCGCACCUCUAUGUGGUGUGAGGCAGGUGCGUACCUCGGAGUGCCUUCACAGACACUCCACUGCACAUUGCCGAAAUUUGGAUUGUCCCCUUAACAUCGUAAUCCUUUACCACACAAGCGAUCACGUGCUAUGGUCCAUUUUCGCCAGCAGCCAAUUAACCUUCCUGAAUAUUUUUACACUCUGGUAACCAAAUGGAGCACCCAGAGGAAACCCACCCAAAUAUGGAGAGAACAUACAGACUCCACAAUGAAUGGCCCAUAAUGGCUCAGAUCAAAUGUGGGGUAUAUGACAUAUGUUGACAUCAUGUCGACAUGAGAAUAUUGACAUUAUCGACAUAAUAUAUUAUCAUGCUCAAUGUCAACAUGGACAGUGUUGACAUUCAUCAUGCAGACAGUAAUGAAGUGUCAACAUGUUAGAAUGUCAACAUAUCGUCCCUGGUGGCCCAUCAUGGACUUACCUUGCUCUCACAGCUGCAGUGGCUUCUGGCUGCCGAUAGGCAGAGCUGUGAUCCUCCGGCGUUAUGGUGAGUAUUUCUCCCCAAUCCCUAACCACCGCCCGCAAUUUAACCCUUCCGUACCUGGCCUAAUGCUAACCUAACCCCCUGCAGCCUAACCUCCCCCCGCAGCCAAAUCCUCCCACCCACAGCUUAACCCUAAUGUUGACAUUUCACAUAUGGAUGCAUUGCUUGUCAACAUUUUAACAGUGUUGACCUAACUGUGGAGAUUGUGGUGUCGAAUACAUCCCAAUCAGACCAUCAGAUAAUAAGGGUUUGCCCUUUGUUGUCAAUCUGGAUCUCCAGCAGUGGUUUUCAGGAACAAUAAAGUAGGCUACUCCAGGUUGCCAAGUCUGAUUUGGAAUAAAUUAAUUUGACCUUUUCACCCUGCAAUGGGAGGUCCAGAUUCCAUGUUGGUAUCUCCCUUUGGUCAGCGUCACCUUGCGGAGACAGGACAGUCUCCAUGAAACAAUAUAUGUAUACAUCUCUUCACCGUAUACCAUCUCCCAAUAGCAGUGACAGACCAAACGGAUGCUGUAUAAGUGACAUUGUAUAUGAAAUCUUUCUUGUACUAUAGACCUUUUCUCUCUGCGUUAGCGCAAUGACAUUACUGACCCUACGAUUUUCAGCUACCACUGCCCUUUGAUGUGGUCCAUCAGUAAUAUCAGACUGGUGUUCUGCUAUACCGACUGUCACUUUUCAAGCCCUGGGAUUGCCAAGCCAAUCAGGAUAAAGCCAUUUGCCAGCUCCCUUUCUUUUGGUCUACAAUUUGGGGGUCACCGACUCCUGCAUUACAAUGCCCAGGCAGGGGAGGGGCGACAGAUUCCGUGUAGAGUAUGACAGCACAAAAGUCAGCCAUUGUUACCUCCCAUUAAUGCCCAGCUUGGUGAGAAACGGGUGGAUCACCGUGAGUUCCUGUCCAUGCUGCCAGGACUGUUACUUUCUCCGGGAACUCUGAUUUAAAAAACAACAGAGACGGUGCUUCUAAUUAUGCCAGCAAGUCAAAUGUCAAACAAGUACCCUGCAGUGAUUCACCUGUGUGCAGGCAGGAAUAUGUUUGAAACCGGGCUUGCUCGGAAUUGCUGCAUAGCUUAAUGUCCACUGGAGUAUUCAUCAUAGAAACACUUCUCACCGUCCUGCCCAACCUACCAAGAUCACAACUGAAAGGCCUAUUAUUUAACGCUACAAGUCCAUGAGCCAUCUGCAUGUCUUCCGGGUACAUUUAUAACACAUCAAACAGCAGAUGGGUGCCAGAGAACGAUUUCUGAGGUGGGCCUCCAUUGUUGCUCAUUUAUUUGAGUGGUCUCUGAAGAGAUCUUUAGAGCCUGCAAAUCUUCUGAAUGAUCUCAGACUGGACAUUGUCUGUUGGUGGUUGUGCGCCAGAUGAAGGACAACCAACGUACAGGGGACAGGCUGCAAUGAGAAUAUACUGUAUGAUCAGUCUGCUUUUGACUUUUUUCGGAAACCAUCUAUACCCAUUCUCCAUUCAGACUCUCCUGCAGGCUCCUCACGGUGAUUAUCUACAGAGGCACAAAAUGCGGUGGUCCAUUGUGCAGUUGACGUUGGGGUUAUCUGCUUAAGCAGGGCUAUAUGUGUGCAUUACUUUGCAGACUUCAAUAAGCACACCAGAAGGACCGGUUCCCACUCUGCAAUGGUUGGCAGGUUGAAAACGAAUGAAUAUUUCCUGUUUAUAGGCUUACCAAAAAAAAUAAAAAUGAAAAAACAAAUAGGGGCAUUUCUGACCCAAAUCUUAUGCCAGAUGAGGGCACUGCAGACUUUGAGAGGAGCUAAAACUGCCCAUUGUACUAGUAGUGGCCCCACGUGGCUGUUUUAUAUGUAAUGCUGGCUACAACCUUUAGUGUAUUAGUCCGUGUAUCUGUCCAUUCCACUCUCUGUCCUCAUCUCAGUCGCUGAUUUCUGUUUCCUCCUUGUGUUCCUGAGCAUACUGCUCCUGCCAUGUUUCUCUCAUCCUUGUCUCUUUCUGCCCUAUUACUCACUGGUAUCAAUCUCUCUGCCCUCACUGUCUCUCAAUCCAUCUCUUUACUUCCUGUUGGGUGAACACACUCUUUCCUUCCUUCUGCCUCUCUCUAUUCUGUUUCUCAUUUUCCUAUCACUGUCUGUCGUCUGCACCUGCUCUCAAUCUUCCCCUACCCAUCUCUCUCCAUACAUUCUGUCUUUAGUGUGGUGGGUUAUCUUUCUCAUUAUAUUCCAUUGUGUGGCUUUCUUCUCUUAUGUUCCUUGGUCUUCUGUCUUCUAAUAGUCUCUCUGUGUGUCUCUGUCUCUCUAUCCCUUCUUGUCUCAUUUUGUCUCUUCUAUUCCUUCUUUUUCUUCCUCUGCCUCUUAGCAGUCUAUUUCUGAAAAUAUGGCGCUGAUUUCACAAAUCAAUUUCGUAUUACUACAAUUUGCCACUAAGCCCUCGCUGAAGCACCUGAGCGACACUGGCCUGAAGCAGCAAGUAUUAUACUUUGCCAGUCUAGUAAGCAUAACCCAGAUUGCCCAAUGGAACUGAAACUACCAGACUUGGGUUUGCAGUUUCACUCAGUAAAGAAACAACCAAUAAUAUUGUAAAUAUAUACAUAUAUAUAUAUAUAUACAUCUCUCUCUCGCUAUAAAUAUAUAUAUAUUAGCUGUUCUAUAUGGGAGUUUCUGAUUUUCAUGGCUGCAAAUAUAAAUGAGUGUUAAAAAUUUGGUAAAUCUAUAGAGAUGUAAAUUUGAGACAUCUUAAUGUAAGUAAAUAUUAAUCCAUGGUUCUUGGCGUUGCCUGAGGAGCACCCGUAGCAGAUACGGUAAAAAGUGACAGGACCAUUGUUGUAGUUUAUUACAUUCUACAGAUUGGAGGUGCAAUCCAAAUUUUGAUCCGAUUGUCUGUUUGGGCGUUAUCGUUCACGCAACGCAAGCCGCGCAUCGAUAAUGAUGUAAUUAUGUCAACCCUCUUUUUAUCCCCAUAGGGAAGGUUUAUUAAAAUUCGAAUUACGUAGUUUUCCUAUUACCCACCUGAAGAAUUCCUAUGUUACAUUUCAGCUUCCUAACAUAUCGGGAAGUAAGAGAAUUAGGGGGACAUUUACUAAGCAGUGAUAAGAGCGGAGAAGUGAGCCAGUUUCCCAUGGCAACCAAUCAGCAAUGAAGUAACAUCUAUAAUUUGCAUACUAUUAAAUUAUACAGAGCUGCUGAUUGGUUGAUGAAGCAACUCCUCUACCUGCUCACAUCUCUGCUCUUAUCACUGCUUAGUAAAUGUCCCUCUUAGUGAUUAGUCAGUCAGUGAGUGAGUGAGGGCUUUCACACAUAUGCACACACACACACACACACACACACACACACACACACACACACACACACACACACUAUUGAUAGUUUGAAAAUACUUUAUUCUGUGAAUUUUUCAUCCAUUUUCUUCUGUUAUUGUCAUCCUGAGAUCCUUGUUAAAAUAGGCUUCACCACUUUCGCAAGCGAAAAGCACUGCUAUUGCCAGCAGUGACCAUUUGAUGUAUAGUGCAAAGCCUUAUCUCUGGCAGAAGCACCCACAUUCAGCAGCCCUAUUGCUCAUUAAUAGAUAAACCCCUUAGUUCUCCAGCUGUCCCUCUCUCAUUCUACACCCUCCCCCCCAUUUCACGUCAUCACCUCAUAUCUUUCCACCUUCCUCCUCCCUGACCCCCACUGUCUGUACUCAUGUUUCUCUGAGUCUGCCUGUGCUGACACAGAAAGGUUCUCAGCAUGUCAUAUUAAUGCAAGAAAAGCUAUAACUUUAUCAAUAUAAUUAUUUAUUUUGAAAA